GUGGCUGGGACCGGAGGGGCUGGCGAGGGAAGGGAAAGAAUGGCUUAGAAGCCUCUGCCCACCGGACCCCACGCAGGCAGAGGCUCCCGGCAGAGUCCGAGGCUGCCGUGAUGGCUGGGGCUGGAGUAUCCCCUCCCGGGCCCUGAAGGCUCCUGCACCGCCUCGGAGGGGCACCCCAGAAGUUAGCAUCAGUGUGGCGUGGAAGCUCCCAUCUCAACAACAUAGCCCAGCUAUGGCUGGCGAUUCUAGGAAUGCCAUGAACCAGGAUAUGGAGAUUGGGGUCACUCCCAGGGACCCUAAGAAGGUUCCCAAGCAGGCCCGCGACUAUAUCCCCAUCGCCACCGACCGCACGCGCCUGCUGGCGGAGGGCAAGAAGCCCCGGCAGCGCUACAUGGAGAAGAGCGGCAAGUGCAACGUCCACCACGGCAACGUCCAGGAGACCUACCGCUACCUGAGCGACCUCUUCACCACCCUGGUGGACCUCAAGUGGCGCUUCAACCUGCUCGUCUUCACCAUGGUCUACACCGUCACCUGGCUGUUCUUCGGGUUCAUCUGGUGGCUCAUUGCUUACAUCCGGGGUGACCUGGACCACAUCGGGGACCGGGAGUGGAUCCCCUGUGUCGAAAACCUCAGUGGCUUCGUGUCUGCCUUCCUGUUCUCCAUCGAGACCGAGACCACCAUCGGGUACGGCUUCCGGGUGAUCACGGAGAAGUGUCCGGAGGGCAUCCUCCUCCUCCUGGUCCAGGCCAUCCUCGGCUCCAUCGUCAACGCCUUCAUGGUGGGCUGCAUGUUCGUCAAGAUCAGCCAGCCCAAGAAGAGGGCCGAGACCCUCAUGUUCUCCAGCAACGCUGUCAUCUCCCUGCGGGACGAGAAGCUCUGCCUCAUGUUCCGCGUGGGCGACCUUCGCAACUCGCACAUCGUGGAAGCCUCCAUCCGCGCCAAGCUCAUCAAGUCCCGGCAGACCAAGGAGGGGGAGUUCAUCCCGCUGAACCAGACCGACAUCAACGUGGGCUUCGACACGGGGGACGACCGCCUCUUCCUGGUGUCCCCGCUCAUCAUCUCUCACGAGAUCAACGAGAAGAGCCCUUUCUGGGAGAUGUCGCGGGCCCAGCUGAAUCAGGAGGAGUUUGAAAUCGUGGUCAUCCUGGAAGGGAUGGUGGAGGCAACAGGCAUGACUUGCCAAGCACGGAGCUCCUACAUGGAUACGGAGGUGCUCUGGGGCCACCGAUUCACUCCAGUCCUCACCUUAGAAAAGGGCUUCUAUGAGGUGGACUACAACACCUUCCACGACACCUAUGAAACCAACACGCCCAGCUGCUGUGCCAAGGAGCUGGCAGAAGUGAAGCGGGAAGGCCGGCUCCUGCAGUACCUCCCCAGUCCCCCACUGCCGGGAGGCUGUGCUGGAGCAGAGCUGGACGCGGAGGCUGAGCAGGAUGGAGAGGAAGAGCCUGAGGGUCCGAGUGGGUCCCGGGAGACCAGGGGCUCGGUGUGAGGACGGCACUCUCCCCGCGACCUCCCCUCACUGGCUUCUCAUGAGCACAGAUGCUGCAGGGCUGGGGGUGGAGGGGUGAACCAGCUGAGUGUGCUGGGGGUCAGCCAGGAGCCGUUAGGCUCUGUGGCGAGGAGCAGUAACCCAGUCCUGGCACCUGCCGGCUCUUGCCUGGGCCCCUGUAGCAGGGCUGCUUCUUCUCCCCUGGCCUCUGUCACACUGGCUAAGGGCCAGGCCAGGAGGGGUUGCCCCACAAUGAAACACACAGGUGGCCUCUGUCCUCACACCCCUCUCUCUGCCAGCUGGCCCAGAUCACCUUUCUCUUUGGGUUUCACACACCCACUGGCAGCAGCCCUCCAGGGGUGACACCUAGAGAGGGCUGUCGCCCCCUUCCCCUCAUUCUGAUCACUCUGGGGCUUGUUGUGGAUUCAGGGCGGGGAGAUUCUGCCUGCCCGGAAGCUCAAACCCCCGGUCCUCGGGGGAGCUCACAGACUUUGGGGUUAAGGUUGAUCCAAGUCUGGCAGCAGUUCCUUGCAAAUCUGUGACCAGUGACCACUUAGUGCGCUACAGAGUGCAAGGCCCUUGCUGGGCGAUCCCUGCAUUACCUGUGAAGUGUGUGUUUUCCCCUGCUGUGUUCUGCGUGUCUAACGUAGCCUACAGAUCACUGCUUUCCUCUGGGUGACAUUUAGUCGGGGCCCUGGGCCGCAGAGCACCUCGGGCAUGGGCAGCGUCUCCGUCGGUCACUUCCUGGCCUUCCCAGCCACACCGUGCCUGCACCUCCCAACCGAGAGAGAACCCCGGCAGCGGGAUCUUUGCUGGGACUGUUGGCCCAAGAAUCUCAAAGUUCUUCUAAGCUUCACUGUGGUUUCACUCACAAUCUCAGAAAGCCCACGGUGCGAUCCAGGGAGAAUGCUGAGGUCAGAGGACGGGGAGAGCCAGUGGGUGUGAAACAGGGAGGGGGAGGGACGAAGCACAGAGAAAGGCAGGCAACUCGAACUUUAAAACCAGCAGCAGCAGCAACUGUCGCCGAGAUCGCUGACUUCAACCUCUGUUACCAGGCGACGUACGGACACGAAGCAACGGGAGAGGUGCCCGCAGAGGCGGCGGCGCCUUUGAGCCCAGGCUGGCGACCCUCAGCUGGUGCCUAGGCCUGGGCCCUGGGCCUCCGCUCCGGCGGGCGGGAGUGUAACACGGCGGCUGGGCCCGGAGAGCAGAGAUGAUGGCCAGGGGAGGGGGUGGCGUCCCCCUCACCCUGCAGACACGGAGAAUCAGGGAGGGGGUGAACGUUAAGAGACAGUUGAGCGGACAACGGCAUGGGACUUCCCUGGCGGUGCAGUGGUUAGGACUUGGCACUCUCACUGCCGAGGGCCCGGGUUCAAUCCCUGGUCGGGGAACUGAGAUCCCACGAGCCAUGUGGCACCGCCAAAAAAAAAAAAAAAAAAAGACAAUGGCAGAGGUUUUUCCUUUCCAGUCUAGAGGCGCAGGAAGAGGACGGACAGACGGUGCAGCGGUCACAGCGAUGGGGCACGUCUGGCAUGGGUGGAGGCCGACCGGUUCCUCAUUAGCUGACCUAGACCUGGAGAGAGCUGCCAGAUGUUCUGGCCACAGAACUAGGGAGGCCUCAGCACCACUGCACAGUUCUCAGCCGGCCUUUGAAAAUGGAAGCCUCUUCCUGCCCCAGACACGAAGGGCCUUCCCCAGGAGGAAGAGCAGGAAGUUAAGGCAGAGCCAAGGGGACCGGGUUUGGAGCUCAGGCCCAGUUCCCCUGGGGCUGGGUUUUCCAGGUCCUGGGGCUGCAGAGAAGAGAAGCAGGCAUCCACACGUGGGGGGAGGGAGACCCCGGUGCUUGGGCCCGGGGGCUGGAUCUGGACAGGCGGGCGCCGGAAAUCAGUGAGCGGUGGGGUCUUCCCGACAGAGGUGCGGUGCUGAGUCCUGGCUCCUGGCAUCCUUCUGCGGUGAAGCAGGGCUUGGAGGGAACGGGAAUGGGCUGGAAUCCUGCCCUCCGGGGAAAGGGGAACAGGCAGGCUGGCGCACCGCAGUGGGGAACUGCUCACAAUCAGGGAUCUAAGGCAGGGAGCCCGUUACUAAGACCGGAUGCCUUGCAGGUGGAGGAGCUACAGCUGGAACUGUCAGACAGGAGGGCCGGUCCUCAGCCCAGGCCCGCCAGAUCCAAGGCUUGCACUGCAGGACUGUUCCCGCGCCCCUCCCACCCCCAGCAGAUCUAAAUGCUGCUUUUGUCAAAACCGAUCAUCAGUGCCUGCAGGUUUAGCGCCCUCGGUGAGGCAGCUAAGCAAGCAUGGGGAAACCACGGGAGAAGCUAGCCUUGCAGCUGGACUGAGUCCUGGGCCUGUUUCACACCUGCCUCUUCAGCAUCCCCAGGUGGCCACGUGAGCCACUCUCCUGUUCCCUAGCUCGGCAGUGGCCUCCAGGGACCUGGGCCACAUCACGUCCGUCAGCCACCUACAGACGCUGUGGAGGCCACAGAAGAGGAAGAGAUGAGCACAGUCCUAUUCGAAAGCCCUCUGACGGGCCAGAGCUCACUCUACUGGGAUGAAGCAGGUAGUAAUCCCAGUGUACACAUUAGCUGCUUUGUCUCAAGAAAAUUCAAAUGCGAGACGACUGCCCUUUGUAUCCCAAGGCAAGCCUUUCUUGAUGACCAAUUGAUCUAACUAAAGUUUUGAAACAUUCUUCAAAUCAUUUCCUGGAAGUUCUUGUAUAAACAUGGACUCACUCAAUGUGAAGUCUGACGAAGGUCGGAACCUCAGUGGAGAUCACUUUAAAAACAUUGCAUCUGCCCACAAGCCACCUGUGGGUCCCAGCCCUUAGCUGCACGGCUCUGAGAUCACCCAUCGCCUCUGAUGGGCCGCAGAGAGGUGAGCCAGGCUGUAAGGGGGGCUUCCCACAGGCCUCAGCAUCUCCAAGAUCCCAAAGACUGUUCUCAUGGGUCAGACCCUAAAAGCCUUGGGAGCUAACUUCCUGCCUCAGCUUCCACGUCCUUCCUCUCUGGAACCAUUCCCUGUAAGGGAGAAGCCCCCAGGAGCUCAGAAGAAGGUAAGUCCCCCCUAGUCGUCCUCUCCCCAUCAGUCUGACACCUGCUAGGUCUCCACAGCCUUGCCCAAAGGCCCCUGGUCCUGGGCCAGGCUGAAUGGGUUUUGCCCGUGACUCUCCCCUCCAGAUGCCACCCUUGCUGUGCAGUCAGCCCACUUUCUGUCAUUUCCUCGUGCUGCUUGAGGCCCUGGCCGGAGCAGCUGGCCUUGAUGGAGGGGAAGGAGCCCUGGCCUGUCUGGGGGAGCCCUCCAGCUCGUGAUCGGUAACAGCUGGGCACCUUCUGCCACAUGCUGGUCCCACGCCUGCCUCCCAGCGUGCCUCCGCCCUGUGUCUCCCGUGAGCUGAGAGCCACAGAAACUCGAAGUGUUUGUACGGAAGUUGCCAGAAACUAAAACGAACCCCCCCACCAAAAGUUGCCUGUUGUUGUCUAAGAAUAUGCCCUGAACACAUCUCUGCACAAACACCAUUUACUGUGCACCUACUACGUGCCCAGCGAUGGGUUAGGCCCUUGCCUGGAAGAUGGCACUGAAUUCUCAAAACACUGCAGAGAAGCUCUGAGGAACCCCUUGCUACCACAGAGAUAACUGAGGUUCAGCAAGGUUAGUUCGUUGGCUCAAGGCCACAGGUAAUCAGAGGAGGCAGGGCCUCUGGGCCCAGCAGAGUCUCCCAAACAAACACAGACGUGCCCUCAUCCUACAUAACGCCCGCCCCCAGGGCAGCUCCUGAGCUC